GAAGCUGGAGACAACAACCAGUUUUGCUGGAGGAACCUCUUCUCCUGCAUAAACCUCCUGCGCAUCCUGAACAAGCUGACCAAGUGGAAACACUCCCGCACCAUGAUGCUGGUGGUGUUCAAGUCAGCUCCCAUCCUGAAGCGGGCGCUGAAGGUGAAGCAGGCCAUGAUGCAGCUCUACGUGCUGAAGCUCCUCAAGGUGCAGACCAAGUACCUGGGCAGGCAGUGGAGGAAGAGCAACAUGAAAACCAUGUCAGCCAUCUACCAGAAGGUGCGGCACCGGCUCAACGACGACUGGGCCUAUGGCAAUGACCUGGAUGCCCGUCCCUGGGAUUUCCAGGCUGAGGAGAGUGUCCUUGGCCAGCGUGUGGACCUGCCCGAGGACUUCCAGGUCAACUACGACCUGUGGCUGGAGCGGGAGGUCUUCUCCCGACCCAUCUCCUGGGAGGAGCUGCUGCAGUGA